AACUCGACGCUCCAAGGAUUCGGUAUUUCUUCUGAAAGCUCAGAAAUGUGAGCCAACAACAAACCGCAGUGUAUGUCCGUGGUGGACAACACUUUCUCGCUACGUUUCUUGCUCGUGCCGUAACAAGCUGUUUGGUUGCUGGGAAAACGAAGUGCCCAACAAAGUAUAAAACCCUCUAUUUUAGAUCUGAGUACUCUGUGAAAAUGGGCUUGGUGGGUGUACUGGAAAGUGGGAAUGGAAAUGGGGUUGGAAGCAAAAGCGCCUACACAAGAAUGGAUUCUGAGAUCAGGAAUGAAGAUGGAGUCUCACCUUGUCAUCCACAAGCCAACACCUCCACCAAUAAAUAUGUGUUUGUUUGUGCCGUCUUUGCCUCUCUCAAUUCCGUGCUUCUCGGAUACGAUGUGGGUGUGAUGAGUGGAGCAAUUCUAUUCAUUCAGGAAGAUCUCAAGAUAACAGAGGUACAAGAAGAAGUCCUUGUUGGAUGUUUAAGCAUAAUUUCGCUUUUGGGUAGCCUUGCUGGGGGGAAAACAUCGGAUGCAAUUGGUAGGAAAUGGACAAUAGCCUUGGCAGCCUUUGUCUUUCAAACAGGUGCGGCAGUAAUGGCUCUUGCUCCUUCUUUCCCAGUACUAAUAGUAGGCCGACUCUUGGCUGGGGUGGGGAUAGGCUUUGGAAUCAUGAUUGCACCUGUAUACAUUGCUGAGAUAUCGCCUGCCAUUGCUAGAGGAUCUCUUACCUCCUUCCCUGAGAUUUUCAUUAAUCUAGGAAUUCUUCUAGGGUAUGUCUCCAACUAUGCAUUUUCAGGACUUCCAGUACAUAUAAACUGGAGGAUCAUGCUUGGUGUGGGAAUCCUCCCCUCAGUUUUCAUUGGACUGGCUCUAUUUAUUAUCCCCGAAUCUCCAAGGUGGCUGGUUAUGCAAAACCGGAUUGAAGAAGCAAGAUUGGUGUUGUUAAAGACAAAUGUGAGUGAAAUAGAAGUGGAAGACAGGUUGGUGGAAAUACAGCAAGCUGCUGGGAUUGCUAAUGCCAUGAGGCAUGAACAGAAAGCUGUCUGGCGAGAACUCUUUUGUCCUUCUCCUUCUGUUAGACGGAUGCUGAUUACUGGCUGUGGAAUCCAGUGUUUCCAACAGAUUACAGGUAUUGAUGCAACUGUGUAUUAUAGCCCGACAAUUUUCAAAGAUGCUGGAAUAAAGGGUAAUGCUGGGCUGCUGGCUGCAACUGUUGCUGUCGGGUUUACUAAAACGAUGUUCAUCUUAGUAGCAAUAUUUCUCAUUGACAGAGUGGGCAGAAAGCCGCUUCUUUAUGUGAGCACAAUUGGAAUGACCACCUGUUUGUUUGGCCUGGGCCUUACUCUAUCAUUACUGGGGAAUGGACCACUUGGGAUCAAAUUAGCAAUCUUAUCAGUUUGUGGGAAUGUGGCUUUCUUCUCAGUGGGAAUUGGCCCAAUUUGUUGGGUCUUGUCCUCUGAAAUCUUCCCUCUUAGGCUUCGUGCUCAAGCAUCAGCUCUCGGGGCAGUGGGGAGCAGGGUUAGUAGUGGCACCAUUGCUAUGUCGUUCCUUUCUGUUGCUCGUGCAAUUACAGUAGCAGGAACCUUCUUUGUCUUUUCAGGGAUUUCAGCUCUGUCUAUAGCUUUUGUAUACAUGUGUGUGCCAGAAACCAAAGGGAAGACUUUGGAGGAGAUUGAAAUGCUAUUUAAGAAUGAGAAAGAAAGGCGAGGAGGAGAAUUGGAGCUCAGAGAUGUAGAGCAUCUAGUGCAGAAAGAACCAAGUGGCUAGAGCGUGCUUAUGCUGAACCACAAUCUUCAAUUGCAAAGCUUGUAACUACAGAACAAAUCCAGGUUUCAUCUCCUAUGAGUGCAGCACAAUGCAGCAUGUUGUAAGAAUCCCUGCUGUUGUAGUUAAGUGAUAUUCACCCAACAGAAUUUUUCACUAGUCAAGCAGGAGGAGGCUGGAAAUUGUUUUUUAGCAGGAAGUUGUAUUGCCAGAGCGAGCGUACAUCUGUUCCUUUAAGAAUCAUCCACCCUGAAAAUUUAUAGGUAUAUGAAUUCACAUUGAAGUUGUUUUAUCAAACUAAUAGAAAUUAUACCUUAUAGUUUGUCUCUAGCCCUUUAUAUGUUAUUACAAUAUCUCCAAUUGCAGAAAAUAAGGGAGAAACUGGAGGGACAAUAGAGUUGUAAACAUUAAAUCAUGUUGGCAGUAAACCUGCAUCAAUUCUGUUUUCACGAUCAUUCCGGUUUGUCUAUUUAA